UGUGGACAUCCAUAAAGAAAAGGUCGCUCGCAGAGAGAUAGGCAUUUUGACGACCAAUAAGAACACAUCGAGAACUCACAAAAUUAUAGCGCCAGCGAACAUGGAACGUCCUGUAAGGUAUAUUCGAAAACCUAUAGACUACACAGUUCUGGAUGAUGUUGGCCAUGGCGUAAAGCAUGGAAAUAAUCAGCCUGCAAGAACUGGCACCUUGUCAAGAACAAAUCCGCCUACACAAAAACCACCAAGUCCUCCCAUGUCAGGCCGGGGAACUCUGGGACGAAAUACGCCUUACAAAACCCUGGAGCCGGUCAAACCACCAACAGUCCCCAAUGAUUACAUGACCAGUCCUGCCAGACUGGGCAGUCAGCAUAGUCCAGGAAGGACGGCUUCCUUGAACCAGAGACCAAGAACACACAGUGGUAGUAGUGGAGGAAGUGGCAGUCGAGAGAAUAGUGGAAGCAGCAGUAUUGGCAUUCCCAUUGCCGUGCCUACACCUUCACCGCCAACCAUUGGACCAGCACACAUUUCUGUUCCUCCUCCUCCUGGAGCCCUGCCAGCACCACCACUGCCACCACCUCUCCCGAUGGGCAGUCUGAUAGCUGCUCCGGGUUCAGCUCCUGGUUCCCAGUAUGGCACAAUGACCAGGCAAAUCUCGCGACACAACUCUACCACUUCUUCAGCAUCUUCUGGUGGAUACAGACGGAAUCCUUCUGUGACUGCCCCAUUUUCUGCUCAACCUCAUGUUAAUGGCGGGCCUCUUUAUUCUCAAAAUUCAAUUUCUAUUGCUCCACCCCCUCCCCCUAUGCCUCAGUUGACUCCACAGAUACCUCUCACAGGCUUCGUGGCCAGGGUGCAGGAAAACAUUGCUGAUAGCCCGACUCCUCCCCCGCCACCGCCUCCCGAUGAGAUGCCGAUGUUUGAUGACUCUCCUCCUCCUCCACCCCCACCCCCUGUGGAUUAUGAGGAUGAGGAGGCUGCUGUUGUGCAGUACAGCGAUCCCUAUGCAGAUGGAGAUCCUGCUUGGGCACCUAAAAACUAUAUAGAGAAAGUUGUUGCUAUAUAUGACUAUACAAAGGACAAAGAUGAUGAGCUGUCGUUUAUGGAGGGUGCAAUCAUUUAUGUGAUAAAGAAGAAUGAUGACGGCUGGUAUGAAGGAGUUUGCAAUCGAGUAACUGGCUUGUUUCCUGGGAAUUAUGUUGAGUCAAUCAUGCACUAUGCCGAUUAAAAUCCUUUGCUUUUCAAAGUUGGGUCUUGUAUUCAGUCAUACCAUGAUUAUUUACAAGGGGUAACUACAAGCUAACAGAAUUGUCUUAAUAUACUUUAAAAAAAAAAUGUGCCCAUUUCUUCAGACCACACUGUUUUAAUGGUAUGAUUGAAUGUCCAGCUCUCUUAAGUCUCUGGAGACAGUCUGUCUUACCUGAUGGCAAUUUGUAAAACAAGCAACUGUCUAUAACUGGUUAUACUUAUUUACUUACGCAUUGUUAAUUUUAUGACCAGCCUAAAUAUUCUGGGGAAGUAGGGUAUAAUAUUUAAUGAACCAUGAUUCAGAUUGUGCCAUUACAUUUUUCAGUACAGCAUGGUAACUAACACUAUGUUAGACUAACAUAUUAAAAUCUGGAUGAGAAGUUUAAUGUUUGUGCUGGUCAUAAUACUUUUGUUUAGACUCUUUGCUCAUUCUUGAACUAUAUUUGUUUAAAGCAUGCAUACAAACUUAUGUAUUGAAAUAUACUUUUUUAAAAAUCCAAGAUGCUUCCAAUUGUUGUAAUCUUUACCUGGAGUAUUCUCACUAAAGUCUAUUACAAUGAGUUGUUUGGGUCUAAGGUGUCCAUGUGAAUCAAAAAAUGGGUGGUCUUAUGUAUGUGUAAUUUGUACCCAAGUUUUUUUAAUGAGUAAAUUUACAUUAUGACUUUUUCCAUUCAUAAAUAUAUAAGUGAACCAAA